AUGGGUAUCCACCAAAUCUUUCGGUCCUUUAUUGAAGAGUUGAAUGCCGAAUUAGAGACAGAGUCUUUGCGUGGUCUUAACAUACUCAUCAGAAAACACUUAAAGGAAUGGAAAGACAAAGAACUGAUUGUUGGAGUUACUGGACAAACUGGAUCAGGAAAGUCUAGUCUGAUCAAUACACUGAGAGGAUUAAAAGCAAAGGACAAGGGCGCAGCUGCUGUAGGAGUCUUCGAAACUACAACAAGCAUAGAAUCAUACAAGUACCCGGGAAACGAUUCUAUAACCCUCAGAGAUUUCCCAGGGGUCGGAAGAAAAAACUUUCCCAAAAAAGAGUAUUUACAAAAAUACAAAAUUCUUGAUUCAAGCGUAGUGAUCAUGGUUUGCUGCACGCGAUUCUCUGAAAAUGAUUUGUGGUUAGCUAAGGAGGUAAUUGCCGUUCAACGAAAUGUUCUUUUCGUUCGUUCAAAAACCGAUAUGGAUCUAUAUAACGCACAAGACGAUGAUCCAGAUAACUUCAGCGAAAAAACGUGCAUGGAAAAGAUCAGAACAGAUAUUAAAGACAAUUUGAAAGAUUCAGAUCUAGAUCCACAAUUUUAUGAUAUUUUUCUAGUAAGUUCUAGACAUGACAAGAAAUAUGACAUCCUUUCCCUGCAUGAAAAGAUCAUGGCUCUUCCCAUCAUGAAAGCUGAAGCCAUAUGUCAUAUUUUGUUUGAACACAUGAAGAAAGUCAUAGCAGAUAAAACAGAGACUAUCAAAACAGAAUUCUUGGGAAGAAAAGUUGCGUCAGUAUUUACAGGAUUUUUACCAAUUCCAAAACUCGAAUCAACGAUUGACACAUACCAUGUUAAGAAAAUAUUCGAGGAAUGUGAAACAAAAUAUUGCGUUGAUAGAGACUCUAUCACUGAAUUUGCUAGAGAAAUAAACGUGCCGGAGAGUGAAAUUGAAAGCCGAUUGAAAUCACGUGAUGAUAGAGUGAGAGAUGAAAAUCAAUUAUAUACAGAAACGGAAGACAAAAAAUGGGCUUUUGUACAGAAAUAUUCCAAGUAUACAUUUCCUGGCCUCGGCAUGCUUUACUCCGCUUACAAGUCUCCUCGUACGAUUCAAGAAUGUCUAGACAAGAUUUGCGAUGUCAUGGCCGAUGACGAAUUAAUGUUGGUUAAACUUAGAUUGAGAAAACUUGAAAAAGAUCUAAAAAGUUAA